AUGUUCAACAGUCAUAAGAAAGAAAAGACGACAGAAAAAAUCGUUAUUUUGCUAUCAGACGGUGAUGUCGAUGCGGGACCAGGAUGUGGUUUCUUUGGCAAAGUGCGAGAUGCAGGAAUUAAACUUAUAUACGUUGUCGUGGGAGCCGACUACUCUACUUAUUUGAGACGAAAGUUAACAAUUCAUACGAUGGCGGGAGAUGACCGCAAUGUAAUAUUUGCCGAAGGAUUCGAU